AUGCCGGCAGCGGGAGGAGCGCCAGUGGCCAACGAUGCUGCAUCCGGCGCCGUGAUGUUUCCCGGAGAGACAGAGUGGGGAGAUGGGCUCGGCGGCGGUGAGCGGCAUACUCGGAGCGCCUCCAUCAGGAGCAGCACCGCCGCCAGCUCCAGCAUCGGCGCCAGCUCCAGCAUCGGCGCCAGCUCCAGCAUCGGCGCUAGCUCCAGCACUGUCGCCAGCUCCAGCACCGGCAGCAGCAAUGCCGGCAGCGGGAGGAGCGCCAGUGGCCAACGAUGCUGCAUCCGGCGCCGUGAUGUUUCCCGGAGAGACAGAGUGGGGAGAUGGGCUCGGCGGCGUUCUCUUUGGUACGCCGGCACAGAACAAGGGCAAGAGGAAGAAAGGGAAGCUGGAGUUAGAGCCGCCGAACUUCCCGAUCCCCGAGCUUGGUGGUGGAAGCCAAAGGAAGCGCUACCCUCUGAAGGAAGGUGGAUGAGGAUCCUGAAGAUUCCCGACAAGGCGACGUUGGCGGCGUGGGUCAAAUACGUCGCCAAGUACGAGGCCGCGCUGGCGGAAGCGGACACGUUCAAGGGAGGAGCGAAGCGCAAGAAUGGAGCCAACAACCGCUUGUCGCUGAACGUCGGACGGAUCAGGACGCACACGGCGGCCGAGCGUGAGGUCCUGGACUGGAUCAACGAGCUGCGUUCUGACGGCAUGAAGGUGGAUGAGGUGAGGUACUCACAGAGGAAGAUCAAGGGGGCGCGAGGGCCGAACGGGACUAUUGGGAUAACCUAUGCGACCAGGAUCCUGAAGAUUCCCGACAAGGCGACGUUGGCGGCGUGGGUCAAAUACGUCGCCAAGUACGAGGCCGCGCUGGCGGAAGCGGACACGUUCAAGGGAGGAGCGAAGCGCAAGAAUGGAGCCAACAACCGCUUGUCGCUGAACGUCGGACGGAUCAGGACGCACACGGCGGCCGAGCGUGAGGUCCUGGACUGGAUCAACGAGCUGCGUUCUGACGGCAUGUCCGUCCGUGUUUCGACGAAGAUGAUGAAGAACAAGGACGUUGAACUCAAUCCGAACUUCUUCGGGGAGAGGCCGGCGCCAUCCGAUCUUCAGGCUCCCUCAAGCGAUCAAGGAGUGCAGGAGGCUGAAGCCACGGACGAGAAGGAGAUUGCCGUCAAAACCGGCGGCAAGGAGAAGAUGUGCAUCACUUCGGUCCAGACGGUGUUCGCCGACGGCAGCAAGCUGCCUCCCCUCCUCAUCUUCAAGGGCCAGCCCACUCCGAAGGGAAAGUCCCCCGCCGCCAACAGCAUCGAGCGCGAGUUCAAGAACUACAAGGACAGGAAAGGCUGCGUACCCGCGAGGCAUGGCCUACGCCGUGGACCCCAAGGGAUGGCCCUCCCAGCGGGUGUUCGACGACGGGUGGGUGCCGCAGGCGAUGGAGGAGUCCAACACGACGCUGUUCUCCAUCCCGGGAGGCCUGACUCCAAAGCUCCAGCUGUGCGAUGGCCUGGUCAACAAGAUCUUCAAGGCAAGUCCAGGCUCUACGACGACCACAUGGCUUCCAAGGACGUCACGCGCAACGACCGCGGCUACCCGGAGCCCCCUUCGCGGGGUUUGGUCGCACAGUGGGUCAAGAAGGCGUGGGAUGCCUUGACCGUAGAUGAAAUCCGCUCGAGCUGGAGAAAGGCUGGCCUGCUGCUGCCCUUCGACGGGUCGGAAGGCGAGGCCUGGGCCAACAAGGAGCUCGGUACCAACGCCAAGGGGGAGCCCAUCGGCGCGCCAUCGGACGCUGCGGACAAGGCUGACUCGUCGUCCGGAGGCGAGAACUUGCUGGAGGUGUCGGACAUCGAAGAUGAUGACGACACGGGCGUGGUGGUGGUGGGCGCUGGCCUGCUGCUGCCCUUCGACGGGUCGGAAGGCGAGGCCUGGGCCAACAAGGAGCUCGGUACCAACGCCAAGGGGGAGCCCAUCGGCGCGCCAUCGGACGCUGCGGACAAGGCUGACUCGUCGUCCGGAGGCGAGAACUUGCUGGAGGUGUCGGACAUCGAAGAUGAUGACGACACGGGCGUGGUGGUGGUGGGCGUGAGCGACGACGAGGGCGCGGAGCUGUGAGGCAUCGGCAGCGAUGCCGGUGUUGAGAAAAUGGCUUGUGGUGUCCUUUUCAUGUAUCCUCGGGUUUUUCCUGACGUGUUUUUCUGUUCCUUCCGUCGUCUUUGAGCGGGUGUGAAGAAACUGUCGGCUUUUUUCUUCGCCGCGUGGAGUGCAACGUUGUUGCGUCUCGUAUUCAGUGUAGAUUUGCGGCUUGUGGUCGUUGAUUCUGGUUCGUGGUGUCUUUUGGUCGUACCCAAAGCAAGGCAAGCAGCAACGUUUUUGUGAGGGGGGCAGGAAGGGUGGCGCAGUCUGUGGCCAUCGCCAAUCAUCGUAUCGGUCGAGUUACCUUCGAUUUUUAAUUUUUUUCUUGCUCGAUUCAAGCCCGUAUUUUGUUUCAAACUUUUUGUGGUGAUGAAGAGGUUGAGUUGUCGCCGAGGUCAUGUGCUCAAGAGUUUCGUCACCUCAGUUGAGCCCCCUUGUCUUUGUUUUUCCACGCCCCUUUAGUAAGGUCCCUACACUGCACGUGCAUACCUGACCUGGCCCCUACGGUGUUUUCUAUGACAAGGAACAUUGUUGCAAAAAAAAAAUGCAUACCCGGGGACAAAAUUGCCAUAUCCCCGGUUCCGCGGCAAAAUCAAGGUAUCGCCCCCCCCCCCCCCCCCCCCCCCCCCCCNAAGAGCUGAACUAACCGACCUUUUAUUUUCCCAUACCGUAACAUAAACCUGACGAGCCAGACAUGGAAAAACUGAACUAACCGACUUUUUAUUUUUCCCAUACCAUAACACAAACCCGCCAAGCCAGACAUGAAAGAGCUGAACUAACCGACCUUUUAUUUUCCCAUACUGUGACAUAAACCUGAUAAGCUAGACACGGAAAAACUGAAUUAACCGACUUUUUAUUUUCCCAUACCGUAACACAAACCCUCCAAGCCAGACAUGAAAGAGCUGAACCAACCGACCUUUUAUUUUCCCAUGAAGUAACACAAACAUGACAAGCCAGAUAUGAAAUAACUGAAUUAAACGAAAUACAUUUCCAGACGCUUACCAUUUUUUUUUUUUUCACAGUUGAAAACGCAAAAGUAAGCAAGAGUAGAAGGUUAUUGGCCACCUUACACACCAACACAAAAACGGAAACGAAGCAUCAAUAUAGACACAGCAAUCCUUUUGGUCAACUGUGCGAUGCACAUGAAGGUUGGGGACUCGUGGUGAGAUAACCGUAAAACAUUACCGGUUCCCAUGGGGCGGUGGGAUCCUGGUCAGACACUAUCCUGAAUUCUCCCCAAGGAGAGGGGUGGAUAAUGCAAGACAAAAUGUCAGACCUAAUAUACUCAAGAACCUUGCUUUCAAAUGACCGACCAAAUGACCCAAACGAGAAGGAGCACCAAGCGGUACGUAGAUAUCUUGAAGCUUGAAGGAUAGACGCCGGUACAAAGUGUGGGGGGAUUGUUGGUCAAGCUUUCGGCAGCGAAGGUCUACUCGGGAGCGUUAGUGGGGUAGCUACCCAUGGUGUGUACCGUACAAACGUUGAUGACCGUAACUCAUUUAUCAACCCUGGGUCGACUUAGACCGCCGUCAGGGAAGAUAGUGCUAUCUGGCGUCUACGAGGAGGAGAUUUCAAUGUUUGUAUGUCAUAAAAAUCAAGGAAGUGACGGACAUCCCGAUGUGUGAGUGAGACCUUCUGUUAUGCAAGCCACCCUUGAACCCUACAUGGGGAAAAUGACCUCCCCGGAGGAAAGUACCCAGUACAGCAGAUGGGGCAAGUAGAGAGAAGAUACGGUCGUGGGACGCUUGGGUUGGUUACCAUGCAGAUCGCCUGGCACAAACUU